AUGACGAGGACCGUUGUGGUGCCAGUGGUGAAAAACAAAACAGGAGACAUAUGCGAUAAAUGCAACUAUAGGUCAGUCUCUCUGGUAACUAUAAUCGCUAAAGUACUUGACGAUUUCCUUAACUCACAAUUAGACACGUAUCUAAAUUUAUAUGAAAACCAGUUUGGAUUUAGACCGGGGCUUUCUACUGAAAGUGCUAUUCUGUCUUUGAAGCGAACUGUCAGGUACUACGAACAUCGAAAUACACCUGUUUAUUGGUGUUUCCUCGACCUGUCAAAAGCAUUUGACUUGGCGUGUUAUGACAUCCUACGGCAGAAGCUAAAUGACAUUUGUAUGCCUGCCGAACUUACAGAUAUUGUCAAUUACUGGUACCACAAUCAAAUCAAUGUUGUAAGAUGGGGUGGAAAAUUUUCUGAGCCAUACCCGUUGGAAUGCGGUGUGAGCCAGAUAGGGCUAUCCUCGCCCAAGCUGUUCAACUUAUACAUAAACGCACUUAUAGGAGAGCUGAGCGGUGCCCGUCUCGGCUGCUAUAUUGACGGCAUAUAUAUCAACAAUAUUAGCUACGCAGACGACAUGUUACUGCUGAGCGCUUCUGUCUGUGGUCUAACGAAACUGAUAAGUAUCUGUGAAAGAUAUGCGGCUAGCCAUCGUUUAAAAUAUAACAUAACUAAAAGUGAAUGCAUGGUAUUUAAGGUUAAACACAAAUGUCUGCCAAAUAUUCCACCUGUUCUGUUAAACGGGAGUCCACUGAAGAGAGUGGAUCAGUUUCAGUAUCUAGGGCAUUUAGUAACAUCAGACAUCAACGACAACGCCAAUGUUGAAUGA